AUGCUUUUCGACUUGCAUUUGACUUGCAAGCAUGUAGGCGGAGGUUUAAGAUGGUACUGCAGGCAUCCUCUCUGCCAAAACGUAUCAUGGGCUGCGCGUUCUACUCAAUCUGUUAGAGAGCAUGAAGAGUCUUAUCACUCUGAGAGUACAGAUGAAAGCUACAAAUUUUGCCAUUUGCGUCAUCCUGAGAGUCUUGACGAGCAUUGGCCGCAAUGGAGGAAGCUACGCAUGUCUUACGAUGCCAUGCCGUGGCUGAGCCAAAACACUGGAGAACCUAUACACCCAAACUUCAUCACAGCUAUUGCCUCGGAUGCAUUACGCCGGAGUAUUCUCGGACAAUUUCUAUGCGCUAUCGAACUGUGUGGCGAGGCUUAUACAUCAAUGAGGAAUAUCGUAAUUCAUCAGCUUACUACUCACUUCAAUUUCGUUAUGGCAUGUCCCAUUGGAUGUGGAGCAACUUUCGCAACGCUUCAGACCGUUCAUGACCACCUAGAAGAAGCUCAUACGCGAUCGUUCCACCUAAUACGGGAUUCGUCACCCACAGAUGUUACCGCGAUCCAUACACUCCUCAACUCUCAUGCAUUUACAAUGUCCCAAACGGCUAGGCGGGUCAAGGAGGCGCUCGUUGCUAGUCCUAAUACUGUCUUCUUUAUAGACAUUGAAACUACAGUGUCGUGCAUGGGACAAUGUGCUGAAGCCAUCGAGAUCAGUGUCAUAGAUGGCAAUAACAAUGUUAUUAUCGAUACAAUAGUUGAUUAUGGUCUGACAAUAGAACAGAUGUUCAAUCUGUACGCCACACCACCUAUCAACGACUUCCGCUAUCGAACUCUUGCUAAAGUGCUUGGCCCACUAAGUGAAAAAGCCGUUUCUGGCCGUCGGCCAGAGCAGAUUAUACAGAUACUCUAUGCGGCAGGAAUGAAUAAAGAUUCCUUCCUUGUCGACUGGUCGAUGAGUAGUUACGACUGGGAUGCUUUGAAAAGACUCAUAAAUAGGGCUGGUGAUGGCGAUGCAGCAUGCCUACCGUUAUAUUCGAAUAGCUGA